UAAAAAACACUGCCCAUUGUGACUGAUAAAUGUUGAUAUUUUAAUUUAUCAUCCUUUAUAUGUCAGAAACUACUAUCUUCAGAAGGAUUUUUGUCAAAAAGUUUGGAAACUACUAUUACAAUGUCACAGAUGUACAUCUAGAUUUUAUAUCUUUUAGCUAAUGCUAGGAUGUACAUUAGAUUUAUUGAAAACCUCUAAAAAUUAUAUACAAUUUUAUCUGUUUAUAAAUUAGUGUCCAAUAUUUGUUUUAAUCUUGAACCAGUAUGGUGUGUCUUUUGCGCCUCUUAUCCUUAAUGGAAGAUGGAUAUUAUUAGGUUUCACAGUGUGGUGUUCCUUGCCUGAUGUUCAAAGCUCUUUGGUAUCACGGUCCAGUUAUUCAGGCUACGCUGUGUUUUGAUGUGGUGCAGAUAUAUACUAACUCACCUUUAUAUAUUUGCAUAGGCAAUUAAAUAUUGCUGUCAAGACGUCAGUAGCCAGUAUUUUGGAAACAAAAGGCUUUAUCACCUGAAUAGCUCAUGGAUUUCUCGUCUUGCUGUUGGGGCUCCAGCAGUCACUACUUCUUUUGUACCAAAACGCACAAUGUUUAUUCAGACUCAAGAAACACCAAAUCCCAACUGUCUGAAAUUUCUUCCUGGAGUUACGGUUUUAGGUUCUGGAGAAACAAUGGAUUUUCCAAAUGGACAGGCCGCAUAUCGGUCACCACUGUGCAAGCUGCUGUUUAGAAUUGAGGGUGUAAAGUCAAUAUUCUUUGGUCCUGAUUUUAUUACAGUCACCAAGUUAGAUGAAGAUGUUGAGUGGCGGAUUUUAAAACCUGAAAUCUUUGCAACUAUCAUGGAUUUCUUCGCAAGUGGCUUACCAGUUAUUACUGAAUCUGAACCUUCAUCUGACACACAAAUUACAGAAGAUGAUGAUGAAACAGUCCAGAUGAUAAAGGAGUUGCUAGACACAAGAAUCAGACCUACAGUGCAGGAGGAUGGUGGUGAUAUCGUCUUCAUGGGCUUUGAGAAUGGUAUUGUGAAGCUGAAGAUGCAAGGCUCUUGCACUGGCUGUCCAAGUUCUGUGGUGACUCUUAAGAAUGGGAUUCAGAAUAUGUUACAGUUUUAUAUACCAGAGGUUCUUGGAGUAGAACAAGUAGAAGAUGAAAUUCAGAUAAUGACAAAACUUGAAUUUGAACAAUUUGAAAAGAAAUUGCUUGCAGAGAAAGAAAAUAAAGAAAAUCAGCCUUAAAUGUAGUCCUGUGUUUGGAAAUGUAGCAGGUUCACUAGAACAUUGGUCUACCCAGUUUAAGUUUUUUUUUAAUGUUUUUGAUAAAACCGGUUGCGAUUUUCAUAUUGUUGUGUAGGUAAUGAGCUUUGGAAUGUGGUAGGUGGUGUACCAACAUUUCAGAUUAACAGACCCUAUACAUGGUGCUUGCAGUGGUAGACCCCGUUCAUGGAAUUGCUGGUGCUGCUUUUUUAAAACCAGCAUGAACUCUUAAUAAAUUGCUCAGCAUCCAUUAUAAAGAAUUCAAAAUUGAAAGGGUACUGGGAAUAAAGACUUUGUAACUUA